UAACAUACGUCCGCUCCGUAUCUGCGCACGCGCGACUUUUGAUAUUCGAUCAUUAAUUUAUGCAGCAGCAAAUGGAUUUCGAAAAGAGCGCGGAAAAGCUAUUGCAAGGAAUGGCAUGGACUGAUCUUUGACAUGCAAUUGUGAUUAAAAUUGCAUCUGAACUAAAGUUCAUUGAACCGUGUAGAUGAAGAAGUUGUCAUGGGGGACAUAGUUCAGCAGGCACAAAUGGCAGGCCUCUUUGAUGGAUCGCUGUCAUCUUGCCAGGCAGAGCUACAGGAGUUAAUGCGCCAGAUUGAUAUAAUGGUCAACAACAAGAGACUGGAGUGGGAGGCUAGCAUCAAAGCCACAGAAGCCCAGGUCAGGCAGAGAGAUGAGGAAAUAGUCACCAUCAAAAUGGCCCUGGAUGCAAAAACAGCAGAGACCAAUCGAUUAACCCAUGAACUUGGCGGAAUGGAAAGGACUCAGAAAGAGUUGGUCACCAAGUAUGAGCAGCAGGUUGAUCAGCUCAGAAGAGAAAUGGUUGCUCUGCAGAAAAGUUAUGAGAAGCUUCAGCGUCACCAUGGAAAACAGAAUGACAGUGUGGAAAAGGUUAAAGAGGAGUCGGAAAUCAAGCUGAGGAAAGUUAGGGUUGACCUUAGGAUGGCAGAAAGCAAGAUAGAGGAUUUUGAAAGCCAGGCACAUCAAUGGGAUGUUCAGAGACUAGCAUACAAGAAGCAAGUGGGAGGAUUGGAAGAACAAAGAAAGAAACUGGCAGAAAAAUGCCAGACCUAUCAGCAAGAUGCCACAGCCUACAAACACCAGUUAGCAAAGCGUCAACAAGCUCUAGACCAGAACGAUUUGGACUUCAGGGCCCGGAUUGUCCACAUUGAAGGGCAACUACAGAGGGCUCAAGAUACUUUAGAUGGAAAGAACAGCACCAUCCAGCGGCUUGAGGAACUGUUGGAAGAUGCAGGGAAGACAAAGAAAAUGGUGGAAGAUGAGAAUCAUCAAUUAUUAGAGGAUAUUGGAAGGAAAGAACAUCAAAGACAGAUGUUAGAGUCCGAGGUCAGCUCUCUGCAGAAGCAACUAGAGUCUAAAGAGGGCACCCUUCGCUCAUUUCAGAUAGAGACAAAGGAUCAGAUGGCUACACUUGAGAGCAAGAUCCAGUCAAGAGAAGCCAAACUGAGGAGCCAUGAAGAUGAGAGUAGAAUGAGGACAAUGCAGGCCAGCGAGGAGACGUCUAGACUACGGGCUCAGCUCCAGGACUCACAGAGGAAGAUCCAGGACCUGAUAGAGUCUGAGGCCAGGCUUAAGAUGGAGAUCAAUAGACUGGAGAACAGGCUCGAUGAUGUACAGGGUGAUAAUGUGUCUCUCAACAUGGAACUCACAGAGAGGAUAGAUGAAUUAAGAAGACUGGAUAAUGUAGCAAGGCAACAACACCAAGUCAGUCUCAAACAAAAGAACCAGCUGGAGGAAGGCAUAGAACGCCAUCUUGAUGCCGAACUGAAAGGGAUGCGACAUGAAAUUGAAUCUCUGACUGGCGCCCUCACGCAACGAAAUGCAGUAAUGGAUACUCUGAGGUCACAGCUCACCGUGACUGAGCAACGAUUGCGAGAAGAAAUUGAGAGGAAAGAGAGAGCUUGUAGUGAGCUCCAGAUGGCUAAUGCAGAACUUGAAGCUUUGCGAGUUGAGAACCGUUCCCUUCAGGAAUCUUACAUACAUGUACAGAGAACUAUAGGAGGACAAAGAGAGAUGGCAGAAGGACAGUCAAGGGAAGGAACUUUGGGACAAAGGGUUCAACACCCAAAUCAAGAAGUUGAUGAAAAUGUGCUACAGAGUCAACUUGCAGCGGUACAGCAUCAGCAAAAAAUGGCCCAGUCCAAUAGUCUUCCAGGCCAAACUCUCACUGGCAUAGCAGCACAUGAUAGGAGGAGGUCCAGUCCUAGUAGAUCCAGCCCAAGAUCUAGUCCAGGAAGAAUUAGGCCAGGUCUGGAUCAAGCCAGGACUAGACAGUUCAUUGGCCCUCAGGAUAGAACAGAUCCUGGACCUCUAUCCAGUCUGACUGACAAUUAUGCAAGAAUGUACCAACAAAACCACCUAGCAAGCCCUCACAGGAAUACCCUAGAGAGAACGGAUCACCUAAAAGAAACCCCAGAUUCAGAGAUGAUGCACUCCCUUGAGACCGGCUCCUUGGAAUCAGAGGAAUCUCCUCUCCCGUCUCCACCCACCUUUGAUAGUAUCCUUGGUCAUGAUGAUAAGAUGGAGGAAGGUAGCUCAUCCUUUGAGGUGUCCAGUUUAUCAGACUUGGGUUUUAUGCCAAAAGAUAUACGAAACAAUAGACCACCAUCGAGGGAGUCGGUUGGAACACGUUUCCUUCGGGAAGACCAGAAGCACCAGGCAGAACUGGAACAGAUUCUCAGCGCACACGUUCAGGAUCUGGAACAAAAGACCACGGAUGCUUUGGCGAAACAUUCCCAGAGACUAGCACAUAGGAACAUAGACACCUGAUGUGCGAUUCUCCAAUUGAUUAAC